UUCUCUUUUCUCUUACUUCCUGUCACUCGUUUAACUUGCGAAUCGAUUUCGCAGUUACUUUCAUUCCUUUUCUUGUCUGGAACGAGCUUUGUUUCAAAAGGCAUUGACUGCCCCUGUUUCCUUCAAUCAUGCAUUUUGCCAGCACAAUUCCUCUCACGCUUCUAGCGACUUUUGCGGCCCUGGGAGAGGCCAACAGCAACGAGGGCCCUAGGGCUUAUGAAGAGACUGCUCCGACCUCGUCUGCUAUUGCCUCGUCCUCUCAGUCUUUGCCAGUGUAUGAGGCCGUUCCGGCUUCGUCUUCGUCUGUUCCUGCGCCUGCGCCUGCGCCUGCAUCUCCGUCUGCGUCGUCUGCCGCUGUGUCGUCCUCUUCAUCGCAGGCUACCAAUCCGUCCUCUCCCGCGGUGUUCAUUCCUUUCUCUUCAUCUGCUGCCCCGUCAUUUGCUGCCGCUCCGUCGUCGUCCGCUCCGUCGUCGUCCGCUGCUUCGUCGUCCGCUGCUUCGUCGUCCGCUGCUUCGUCGUCCGCUGCUUCGUCGUCCCUUUUCUCUUCUGCUGCCCCGGCGUCUGCUGCUCCGUCAUCUGCUGCUUUAUCAUCUGCUGCUUCGUCGUCCGCUGCUUCGUCGUCCCUUUUCUCUUCUGCUGCCCCGGCGUCUGCUGCUCCGUCAUCUGCUGCUUUAUCAUCUGCUGCUUCGUCGUCGUCUGCUUCUUCAUCAUCGUCUGCUGGUUCGUCGUCGUCUGCUGCCCCGUCGUCAUCUCCCGCGGUGUUCAUUCCUUUCUCCUCAUCUGCUGCCCCAUCGUCAUCGUCGGCUACCUCGUCUUCUGCAGCUUCAUCGUCCGUUGUUUCAUCGUCUGUGGCCUCAUCCGUGGCUUCUCCAUCCUCAUCCAAGGCCGUCUCUCCUUCGUCCUCGUCUAUCGUGACUCGGCCUAUCCCUCUCCGGACAGGUAGCUCUGGGUACAUACCAGCUCCUGUCCAGACUGAGACCGAUGUCGAAACCAAAACAUCGACUCGCGAUGUCACUCUCACAUACACUCUGGGCACUGGUACCUCUACCUCCCUCGUGACGACCACUGUCCAGAAGACUGUCACUCAAGUCCAACAGGUGACCGAAACCCCCGUCGAAGAGCAGACCAUUACCGUUACUCCUACUCCCAAGGUGGAGGCUGUCACCAUCACGCCUACAGCUGAGGGCUCGACGGAGGAACAGACCAUCACGGCAACUCCAACCCCGGAAGUAAGCACCAUCACGGUCCCUGAAACUGCUCAGGAGGAGGCCAAGGAGGAGCCCACUACCACUAUCUCUUCCACUUCUACCACCACCUACACUGUGUGGGUCGUUCCUUCGACCUCUUCUGCCGUUCCUGGAAACGGUCAGGCCGCGGGUGACGAGCAAGCCACUGACAACGACACUACUGGCAAUGGUCAAGCUGCCAACAAUAACAUGGCUGCUGUCACUACCGAAGCUGCAGCUUGCAGUCAGGCUACGGUCACUGUUCAUGAUACCGUUACUGUUCAUGACACCGUCACUGCGCAAAACACUGUCACUACGCAAGACACUGUCACUGUGACUGCUACUCCUACCCCCUCGUCGAUUCCCACCCCCGCCGCCUUCUAUGAGAACUCAUCGUCCUCGUCCCCGGCUUCUUCUCCCACUCCCUCUUCCUCCACCCCUAUUCCCCCAGCUGCCACCACUCCGGUGAUCAUUCCCAGCAGCCGUCAGUACGGCAACGGCACCUGGCCCAUGUCUAGCAGCUUUGCGAAGCCCUCCAGCUUCAUCACUAGUCGGGCACCUCAAUCCAGUGGCUUCCGUCGUUUCUAGAUGAACUCUUGCUGGAGUCCGUCUGACAGGUUCUUGAUCUUGAUCGUGACUGUAUUGAUGCUGAUAUGGUACUGAGUACAUUUCUUUUCUUGUGUCUUUUUUAUUCGUGAAUAUUUUCUACCUGGUGGAUGUCACUCGUUAGGUCUCGACUGGCCUGCCUCCCCGGGUGUUCUCUUAUCUAUAGGAUCUUUGAGACUUUUCUAU